AUGGGCCUUGAGACUGGUCUCCUCAACAUACUGCAGGUAGUGCUAGGCACUCUGUUUUGCAUGCGCCACGGCCGUCGAUGGUUCAUCGGCUCCGUAGAUGCAGUAUUCUCAUCGGGAAUGGGGGCACGUAGGUCGAUGUCCAUAUCAAGUUCUGUCGGCAGUGGGGGGCCCUUGCUCCAGGUGAGGUUUGUUUGGUCAGCAAUCCUCUGGGAAAGGCGUGCUUUUCCACGGCGCUUCCCUCAGAAGUCACUGAGUUUGCAAGUCCUCUGUGACUUGACCCCCACCUGGCUUGCACAGACGCCCUCUCCGGAGUGCCAUGCUUGGUCCUAA